AUGGAAAGUUGGUCUGCGUGCUGCCCGCUGGCCUGCCAUAGGAAUUUAAACGGGGAUAUAAGUAUAAGAACGCGGAGACGGGGAGUCGUUCGCGGUAGUGUGAAGCACAAACGCGCCAGCACCACACCCAGCGUGUCCACUGUUGCGACAACGAGGGACAACAACAGGAUCCCGGCCAUGCGUGUCGCGGUGAUCUUCUUGGCGUGCGUCGUCGCGGUCUGCACGACACAGACUCAGGAUGGGCCAAAGGGAGCACCAAUCCCGAUACGAGCGAAUCGUUAUCAAAGAUUACCCUCUCGACCAGGCGGUACCGGAUCGGCGUUUCCCAACCAACGAUUUCGUCGACCGAUCUCCUUCAAACCCCGGGGAGGCCCCGGAGACGACGCGUCCGGUACGUUCCGUCCUCUCCGGCCGGUAGCCGCGCCUUCGUUUGCGCCACAUGUGAAACCGGUGAACGAGGAACCCGAGGAGGAAAAUCUGUCGCGCGAUACCAUCCGUGAAGAUGAGGAUGACCAGAGUCAAGAGAUCAGGAGCCAGGAUAGCGUGGAGGAUCUAAGUGAGGAGAUACCGCGAGCGCCAAAUCCACCAAAAGCACCUCCAGCGGCCUCAGGACAGCUGGCGUAUCGUGCACCCCAAGUGACACCAACGAAUGUUAGGGUGAGUCCCACGACACCUCCGCCACCACCGCCCGUUCAAUACCGUCCGACACCUCCACCCAUCCAAUAUCGCCCAACGCAGAAGCCCACGAAGGCCCCGAGGAAACAGAUCAUCGACGACAUUACGUUCCAACAACCAAUCAAGCCGCCGCCCAAACCGGUGAAACCGUCUCAGGCUUACGAAAUUCGCGGCAAGAAGCCAGUAGCUCAGAUUAUUAGACGAUAUCGGCACGACAACGCAGACGGUUCCAUCACAUGGGGUUUUGAGAACGAUGAUGGAUCGUACAAGGAGGAGACGAUUGGCGUGGAUUGUAUAACGAGCGGUAAGUACGGAUACAUCGAUCCGGACGGUAUCCGACGCGAGUACACGUACGAGAUGGGAAUCAAGUGCGACGAGCAAGACCGGGAAGAGGAGGAAGAUGGCUUCGUGGAUUAUCAAGAAAACAAGUUAGUACUCCCGGACGGGAAAACCAUCGAUCUCUCAUCGAUGGGUAAGAAGCAAGCGCGCCGCCCUCAGUUCCAAUACAGAAAUUAAAGGAAUCGGGACUCGCAUUUCGCACAUUCGCCAUCACUCCUGUCGCAUUUAACGCGUAAUCGUAAUUCAUAACGUAAAAAAAUCAUGCGUUUCUUAGGAUAAAUAACUAGAGUUAAAUAAAUAAAUUAAGAUAUCGAGAUAUUAGUGAUACAAAUCACGCACAAUUUCAUGUAAGAUUAUUUAGUGUAAAUUAGACUUAAUAAAUAAAAUAAUAAAUUGAGAUAUUAUAAUAA